ACGGACUGAAAGAUCAUUGACAAAAGGAUAUAGUCAACCCAAUAGGCUAGCCUGUAGCCUAUCUUCUGUGCAAACAUGAGGAGAUGUCUCGUUUUGUCUGUAGUUGUUCUGGCAUGUGCGGUGUUUGUUGGAUUACGACUGAAUGCUCUAAGUCACAUGUCACUUGCAAGUCGUGAACUCAAACAAAAUCACCUGCUCAAGUGUCAACUGAUUAAGGGCAUAGAGUUUGGAGCAGAAGACAUCACUAUCCUUAGAGACGGACUAGCCAUUCUCAGCACAGGGUUGAAAUAUCCUGGUAUGCCAUCUUAUUCUGAAGAUCCUGGGAAGAUUUAUACCCUGGAUCUCCUGGAUCCUGACCUGACACCUAUGCCUCUUCACAUUGAAGGAGAAUUGGACCAGAAGUCUUUCAACCCACAUGGUAUCAGUGUCUUCACUGAUGAGAAAGAUGGAUCAAUUUACUUGUUUGUUGUGAAUCAUCCACACCAUACAAGCCAGGUUGAGAUCUUUCAACUCUUUGAGGAGAAACAAUCCAUUGUGCACCUCAAGACCAUUAAACACAACCUGCUCCAUAAUGUGAAUGAUAUUGUUGCUGUUGGAGUGGAUAGAUUGUAUGCCACCAAUGAUCGUUACUUCCAGCAUGACUACGAAGGUCUGAACAUGCUGGUGACCAUCCUGGGCCUGUCGUGGUGUAACGUUGUGUACUACAGUCCAGAGGAGGUGAAGGUUGUGGCCGAGGGCAUCUCCUCGGCCAACGGCAUCAACAUUUCCCCAGAUCACAGGUACCUUUAUGUGUCUGAUAUUCUUGACCAUGAAAUUGAUGUCCUGGAGAUUCAGAAAAGAGAUGUUUUAGUCUCUGUCAAGUCCAUCAAUGUGGGUUCACUUUGCGACAACAUUGAAGUGGAUCCUGACACAGGUGACCUAUGGCUGGGGUGUCACCCAAACGGAGCCAAAAUAUCCCUCGAUAAUCCCAAUGAUCCACCUGGAUCUGAAGUGAUCAGGAUUAAGGACAUUCACUCUGACCAGCCCAUUGUAAAACAAGAAUAUGAAGAUGAUGGGAAUGUUCUCAUCGGGUCUUCUGUGGCAGCCAGAUACGAAGGCAAACUUCUCAUUGGGACAGUUUAUCAACGAGCCCUCUGCUGUGACAUUAGAUAGUUUGUAUGGCUACCUUUUGAGAUUAAUUACAUUUCAAUCGGCACAUUUUUAAUACUUGAGAAUGCAAAUUUAAUGACAAAAAAAUGAAGGAAGAAUGAGGAAUGUUCCCUUGUUGAAGUUCUUUGUUUUCAUUCUGUUUUCUCUUAUGGCCACUAGAGGGCAGUCACUCCAUUUCACUUUUAUGUAUGUUCAGUAAACUAGAGUUGUUCUAAGGUUUACUUACAAAAUAAAGUUGUAAUUAUUACAUGUUA